AUGUUACCGGGAAUUGGGGUUUUUGGAACUGGAGCUAUUGCGAAGGUUUUGGUGCCAUUUUUAAGAGAAAAAGGAUUUCCAGUUGAAGCGAUAUGGGGUGUAACUCUACAAGAAGCAGAAAUAGCUGCCAAAGAACUGAAGAUACCAUUUUUCACGAACAAAAUCGAUGAUGUUUUGCUGAAGAAGAAUGUCAGUUUAGUAUUUAUUGUAUGUGCGCCUAACUUACACGCUCAGAUAUCAGUGAAGGCGUUGGGUAUUGGGAAACAUGUUGUCUGUGACAAACCUGCUGGGCUCUGUCAAACGGAAGCCUUGAAAAUGGUACGUGCCGCUCAGUACUACCCAACCCUAAUAUCAAUAGUCAAUCAUUCCUUACGUUUCUUGCCAGCUUUCAGUCAUAUGAAGAAGUGUAUCAAUGAUGGCUACUUGGGCAAUCCAGAUGAACUGACUUUAGUAGAUGUUAGAGUUCAGAUGGGUCCACUGAUUGGUGACACCUACAAUUGGCUCUGUGAUGACACUAUGGGAGGAGGAACGCUUACAUUAGUUGGUAGUCAUGUUAUAGAUCUAGUGUCCUUUUUGACUGGCCAGAAGGUUGUCAAAGUACACGGAGUUCUGAGGACUUUCGUAGAAGAAACAAGCAAAGUGAAUGGAAUAAGGAAGAUUACUGCACCAGAUUUCUGUACAUUCCAAUUACAAAUGGAUAAAGGUUUACUUGUUACAGCAACACUGAACAACCAUUUGCCUGGACCAUGCUUUAAUCAAGAAAUAUAUGUGUGCAGCAAAAAAGGAUACUUGGUUGUAAAAGGUGGGGACCUUCAUGGUAAACUACACAAGCCUAAUGCUAAGUCUAUAGAGGAGGAAGGAAAAAGGCCUCAUGAUAAGGAAGAGGUCAUUUAUGUUGAUGUUGAGGAUUUGAGUUGUGCCUCUAGUGUUGUCCCUAAACCCUACAUAAAGGGACUUUGUAAAAUGAUAAGUGCUCUGAAAGAAGCGUUUUUACCUGUCAAAGAGCAAACGGAUUGGGUAAAAGAACCUGUAAAGGCCGCAGCAACAUUUGAGGAUGGUCAAAGAGUUCAAGCCACUAUGGAGGCGUUACGUCAGUCAAAUGAGGAUGGUUGUUGGAUAACUGUGCAGCUACUCACUGAACCACCAGACCCCAACCCGGCAUUGUCUGCGGCAGUGAGACGCACUGCCAUAUCUUUACAAUAG